GUACACGGUGUUUGAGAAUAACACACUGGAAGUGGCAAAUGUCCAACCAGACGACACUGCAAAUUACUCUUGUGAUGUUUACACUGAACCACUGGGAAGUGUGAGUGCCACUGGUUCCAUCACGGUUGUAGCUUCACCAGAUCCUCCCAGAUCUCUGUCUCUGUCGGAUAUUGAGAAACACAGUGUUACCCUCAACUGGGUUCCAGGAUCGUCACAUAACAGUCCCAUCACAG